UGCUCAUAUGUGCUUGGUCGUGAGGGACAAGUGCAGCCAUUUAAUAAAGAACAGCAGGAAGAAAUGACGAGAAAUGUAAUCGAACCGAUGGCUUCGGAUGGUUUGCGCACCAUCGGACUUGCUUACAAGGACUACGUACCGAAAGGCGAAAAAGCGACAGAAAAUGAUGUACUGUACUGGUGA